AUGCUUGUGCCGCAACAGAGGAUCCUCGAUUGGUGGCGCCGCAAGGCCCCGGCCGAGCUCUGGCUCGACAUCCUCCGACACGCCGAGUCGUAUGAAGAAUGGGAGGAGGCUGCGCUGCGACUGGACAAUCUACUGGGAUUCGACCUCUGGCGCUACAAUCAAGUUUCGCGAUACUAUGACUAUAGGCUCAUCAACGAGCGGUUGGACAACCUCAUGGUCGCACGAGAGGAGCAGGAUAUACACGGCCUGGUGAACCUGCUGCGGUCCGGGCUCGUGCGUAAUUUAGGCAACAUUACCGCCACGAAGCUGUACAACCGAAGCUUUGCAGGGACCAAAUUUCUUAUCGAGGAGUAUAUCACACAGGUGGCCGAGGCGAUCGAGGACAUCAGUGGACUCCCUGCUGUCCCACCGAGUGGUGUGGGUGCCAAAGCGCCCAUGACGAUGUCGAACCAGAUGAAGCUCGAUUUUGUCCACGACACGCGCCAGGCAUUUGGACGAAGUACACUUGUCCUGCAGGGCGGUGCCAUCUUUGGCCUCUGCCACCUGGGCGUUGUGAAGGCACUUUUCCUCCGAGGCCUUCUCCCACGGAUCAUUACAGGUACUGCAACGGGGGCAUUGAUUGCUGCUUUGGUCGCUAUCCACAAGGAAGAGGAACUGCCUGCUGUUCUGAAGGGCGAUGCGAUCGACCUGACUGCGUUCUCUGCCAGGGCCAGGACCAAUGCCAAGAACACCCAGGAUGAUGCAGAUGCUGAGCAGACGAAUUCGAGCAGGUGGCAGACACUGCUUCGUAGGGUGAUGCGAUUCUACCGCGAGGGGUACUUUCUCGACGUCAAGGUGCUUGAGGAGUGUGUGCGCGCCAAUGUCGGUGAUUUGACAUUUGAGGAGGCAUUCGUGCGGAGCAAGAGAGUGUUGAACAUCACUGUUGCCGCAGCCGGUCAGGCAGGUGUUCCGACGCUGUUGAACUACUUGACAGCGCCGAAUGUGUUGAUUUGGACGGCCGCCGUGGCCUCCAAUGCCUCCACCCCGACAUUCUACGGUCACCGUGAGAAUGCAAUCCUCUGCAAGGACCAGGACGGCAAUAUUGUUCCCUGGGCGCCUGCGAACGAGAUCGAUCUUCAACACUGGACACGCGUGUCCUACACAGAGCGCGACUCACCACUCAUGCGCAUCGCAGAAUUGUUCAACGUGAAUCACUUCAUCGUCUCCCAGGCCCGACCCUAUCUCAUCCCAUUCCUUCAGUCCGACAUGCAUGGGCCCUCACGAUUCGAGACCCGCAGCACCACCACUUCUGUCACCGCUUUCCUGGUCAGAAUGGUCGGCCUGGAGGCUAGACACCGACUCCGGCAGCUCGACACACUGGGCCUCCUACCCACGAGCAUAAGGCGGUUCCUGGUCGACGAGGACAUCCCGGGCGCGAGCGUCAUGCUUGUGCCGGAAGUGACUGCUGGCGACUUUAUCAGGCUGCUAGAGACGCCGACCAGAGAGACGCUCGACUACUGGAUCCUGCGAGGAGAGAGAAGCGUCUGGCCUGCGGUCUCGGCGCUGAGGAUCCGUUGCGCGAUCGAGACGGAGCUGGAUCGGGCGUAUCAGAUAGCCCGGCGGUUGAAGCCGGGAGGGCUGAAGAGGAAGUCGAGUACGUCUGUGAAUAUGCUAGGUAAAGGACGGGAUGGGAGACCCCGGGCCAACAGCGUUGGUGCGAAGUAUUGA